AUGGCAACAUCGCACGAUGCAUUUUCGCCUCACUCGUCAACAUCGCAAACAACCCCAUCACAACUUCAGGUCCAAGUGUACUCUUGUCUCCAAUGCAAGCACCGCAAGGUGAAAUGUGAUCGCAUUGAUCCAUGCGGAAAUUGUGAAAAGGUCGGUGCUGAAUGUGUUUACCGUGCUCCGCCACCGCCAAACCGUAAAAAACGGCAACAACAACAAGAUGCGGCUCUCGAGAAAACAUCUACCAAAGAGAUAGCAAGUCUGAAGAGCCCGUCAGAUGCUAGAAAUGGCGCCAGCGAGCGUGAACAUGAGCUCUUGGAAAAGAUUCGGAGGUAUGAGAGCUUAUUGAAGGAACUGGGCGCUCUGAAGAGGUCGACCGUCCGUUCUGCACAUAGAAAAACGAUACAUCACAACCUGAACUACAAGUCAAAGCCAUCUGCACAAAUACCGCGCCAAACGUCGGACCUGGUGACUUAUGAAGCUGGCAAGUUGUUCGCAGAUGAUGGCAGGUCGAGAUAUUUCGAGAACAAACUAUGGACGAGUGUGACCGACGAAUUCCAGGAUCCCAAGGAGAUGUUGGAAGAAUCGACGGAUGACGAAGGGGAAAAAAGCAGUCUCACUGGGAGUCAUAACGUAAUAUUUCCAAGUCAUCAAGGACGAUACAGCACCCCCAAUCCUACGGACCUGGUUUUCCCUGUCUCCAAUAGUGAACAGAUCGUUCGACUCGGAUCAUUACACCCACAGCCAACUCAAAUCUUCCUCCUCUGGCAGGCGUUUUUGGACAAUGUAAAUCCAAUCGUGAAAAUCUUACAUGUGCCCACGGCGCAGAAAGCUGUCCUAGAUGCAAUGUCCAAUUUGGAUCAUGUUUCAAGAGCAAUGGAAGCUUUGUUGUUCGGAAUCUAUACCAUUGCAGUGACAUCGAUGGAUGAUGGUGAAUGCCAAAGUACGCUGCAAGAAAGCAAAGCAUCUGCACUGGGCAGAUAUAGGGCAGCAUCUCAGCAAGCGUUAAGAGCGGCAAGCAUAUUGAAGACAAGCGAUAUGAUGGUACUGCAGGCAUUCGUACUUUUCCUGCUCUCUGCCCGUCUGUUCUAUGAUUCUUAUUCCCUUUGGGCUUUGACGGGGGUAUGUCAAAGGAUCGGUCAACGCCUCGGGCUUCACAGGGAUGGCGAGAAAUUGGGCAUAUCUCCUUUCGAGAUUGAAAUGCGCCGCCGUCUUUGGCUGGUGAUAAUCCAGCUCGAUUCACGUACUGCGGAAUUAUCAGGAUCUGGACUGUCCCUCACAACACAACCAGGAGAUACAAAGCCACCAUUGAAUGUCAACGACUGUGACAUAUACCCAGAUAUGCGGGAGCCGCCGAUCGAACGAGAGAGAGCAACCGAAAUGAUGUUUGUUCUCCUCCGAUCGCAAAUCGGCGAAUUCCUGAUAAAAGGCGACCCGACGAACGAUAGUUUCGACGGCGUGUUCUCGAAAUUCAGCAGCCCCAACAUUCACAUGGCAGAGAAGGACCGUCAAAUCGAUGGCCUCGAACAAAUGCUUGAAGAGAAGGUCAUUCGUCAUUGUGACCAACAAAUCCCUGUCCACAAUCUCGCAUCAGUAAUUGCCAGAGCCUCAAUCUGCAAAAUGCGGUUAUUGUCACAUCUCCCUCGUAAUGCACGAGGUCCAUCCACCACCAACUCGCUCGCAACCCGUCUAUCUCCAACCGAGGAAACCUUACUCUUCAUGAACAGUGUACGGAUUCUCGAAUACCAUGUCCAAAUCCGCACUACCCCUAUGUUGCGUCGUUUCAUCUGGCACACGCAGAUCCAGUGGCAGGCAGUGAUAUAUCUGCUUGCUUAUCUACGCACUCAUCCGUACCAAGACUCACGCACAGAUAUGGCGUGGACGACUAUCGAUAAGCUGUUUGGCAGCCACCCUGAACUCAUACAUGGCGAUCGUACCCGCAGCAAAUUAAUUACCGCUGUUAGCAUUCUCACGCUGAAGGCCUGGGAAGCGCGGGAAAGUUUAGUUCUUCUUCCUGCACAUGGCAGCGCAGUUCUAGCAGCCAGUCCACCCUCCUGUAUUGCAGAGCUGCGGAAACAAAUAAUUCGCUCGACAAGGACACCCAAUACGCGAGUUGGCUCCAGUAAAGUCCCAUCAACCACGACCACGUCUAUGCGCGAACACGAUCACAAUCACAAUCUACAAACUCAUGCACAGAGCAACAGUCCCAGUGAUGCAAAUAUCUACCAAGGUCAUGAAGCAGACCAUUUUAAAAUCAACAUGAUGUUUCCCGUCGUUGAAAGCCACUCUAUGAUAGCUGGAAAUGCCUUCACAUCCGCCACGGCCGAUACGUCCUGGAUGGAUACGAACCCCAUGGAUUGGGAGAACUGGAACUCGAUAUAUGAGGAUUUCGAGAUGCAGGGCGAAUGGGAUGACAUGCUUGAUUCGCUGGCGCCCUUUCCAGAACAGUGA